AUGUGAUCUACCCACAAGCCUCUUUAUCUGUAUUUCACAAGUAUCAUCGACAACGAACUGCUAUUGACAGGUCAUUAAUUGAAGAUGGAAGGACAUAACGCAUACUACCCGCAGCAAAUGUAUACCAGGGACAGCUAUGGAGUUAUGGUGACUAUUCCCGGAACAUAUCCCAACACCCAGCCUCCAGCUUGUGUCUACCAAAGGAAUUCACACGAUGGAUCCUAUGGGGGCCAGACUAUGACAGUAGUAGAAUCAGGGCUACAUGGUGAGACCCCUAAUAACAUUAACCACCAACUGUCCCCUCAAGGGAUGCCGGUGAAUGUCCAAGGACAUACCCAACAAACCAACCCUACUCCAGCCCAUAUGCACAAUUCGCAUCUAAUCAGCUCACCUUCUCUUCAACCCUCUGCCAGUCUGCCUCCUCCUGCACACACCCAAACGGCCCCACCCCCUGUGUCCUCCAUGUCAGGUCCCGGGGGUGACAGUUCCCCUGAUUCCAUCAACAAUAACAACAAUCAACAACAAUCACAGCUUCAGUUCCCAUGGAUGAAAACAACGAAAUCUCACGCCCAUCAAUGGAAAGCGCAGUGGCCAGGUGCCCAGUUUCCUAUUGAAGAUGACAACAAACGGACACGUACAGCCUACACACGUGGUCAGCUGCUUGAGCUCGAGAAGGAAUUCCACUUCAACAAGUACAUUUCCAGACCGAGGCGGAUAGAAUUGGCCGCCAUGUUGAAUUUGACGGAGAGACAUAUAAAAAUCUGGUUUCAGAAUCGUCGAAUGAAAUGGAAAAAGGAUGAAGCGAAACGUCGACCUAGACCUUUACCGUCCGAUUCGUCUUCGACGAAAUCGGAAUCCCAAAACUCUCCCCCAGAUUCCCCAACUCUCACAGACUUAUCUCCCGUCAACACCGGUAAAAAUGGCGGUCGAUCACCAAACGGGGAAAGUGUAGAAAGUGUUCAAAUAGUUACAAAAAAGGCAUUAUCAGAAAACGGUGUGUCGUCACAUUUGAAAAAGGAAGAUUCAUCAUGAUAUAAAAUCAUUCAUUAUCAAAUAUAUAUAUUUUUAGAUCAUAAUACAUGGAUUUUUGCCCAAUUUGAUUGUUGAUCAAUUGGCGUCGUGCAGAGUUAAUCUCUAAAACAAUUACAUGGCUUUUCACAGAUGACAUGGCGGUGACAAUGGCAUGGACUGUUUACCAGUUGUCAUCUCUUUGGGCCAAUCUUCGAUACAUUUACAACGGAUUGUGUACAGAGCAUCCACAAGCUUCUUCGGUGAAUCUAGUGCUGAAAUCGACAUCACGGAAUCAGUCAACUAUAUAUAUAUAUAUAUGAAAGUCUCCUUAAUAUCGCCUCAAUUAUGCAUUUCAAUUAACAGUUACGCCUAAGUGGGCGUCUCAAAGAGUAUGUACAAUAGAAUCUCGAUAAUCCAGACUCGUAUAACAAAGUAAAGCCAGAAUAAUUAAGUCAGCAAUAAUCAUACAAAAAAAAUAGUUUUAUUAUGGAUCUGGUAUCAGUUAUCUCCCUUCGUUUGGUCAGCAUGCAUUGAUAAUUAUGGUGAGUGAUGUUGUGAACUUUAUACACAUGAUUUGAUGAAUUAAAUGACUUGAUAUUUUCAAAAUGGAUUAUACAAUUACAUUAACCUGUUUGUAAUUUAUGUUACAGACAGCUAUACAAAAUUAACCAUUAAC